AUGGAGCCCCACGAGGAAGUAUCCCUCUGCGGCUUGAGCUUAAUUUCUUCUCCCCCCGGCAGCAAGGAUUCUCUGAUUAGUGUAUCUACAGCAGCAUCAGGAGAGUCUAUAUCUGCUGCUGCAGCUGCUGCUGCUGCAGUUGCUGCUGCUGCUGCUGCUGAAGCAGAAGCAGAACCAGAACCAGAUGAUAGCUUUGGGGGGCUUGUAGAUACUCAUGAUACAGAAGACAGCAGCAGCAACGAGUGUAUAUGGAGCUGCAGCCUGAAACAGCACCUGCAGCAGCAGCAGCAGCAGCAGCAGCAGCAGCAGCAGCAGCAGCGGCUGUUGCUGCUGCAGCAACAACCACAACAUCAAGCAAAGACAACAGAAGAUGCUGCUGCUCUUUCUCCUGCUGCAGUUGAGCUGCAACUCGCAGCAGCAGCAGCAGCAGCAGCAGCAGCAGGGCGGGCGUUGCGUGCAGCGUCCCCCGCACCAGCAGCAGCAGCAACAACAACAGCAGCAGCAGGAACAAAUGUAGCAGCAGCAGCAGCAGAAGCAGCAGGUGGCUGCAACGAGCAGCUGCCGCUGCUGUACCUGCAACCCACAGAAGCAGCAUACCCCCUGCAGCAGCAGCAGCAGCAGCAGCAGCAGCAGCAGGAGAGCGAAGCAGCAAGUUUAUUUAUUAGCAGCGCCUCGGUGAGCCCUUCUCCUGUUUUGUUAGAUCCUGCUGCUGCUGCUGCUGCAGCUGACUGUGUGAGUAUAGGGCCAGCAGCAGCAGCAGCAGCAGCUGCUGCUGCUGCUGCUGCAGCAGCAGCAGAAGCAGCAACGCCACACAGAUUGACAAAGGCUCUGGAGGUGCCUGCAGCAGACACAUGGAAGCAGCCUAAGAACAAGCAGCAGCAGCAGCAGCAGCAGCAGCAGCAGCAGCAGAAGCAGCCGCAGAAGCAGCAGCAGAAGCAGCAGCAGAAGCAGCAGCAGAAGCAGCAGCAGAAGGACUGCAAAGACAGUCUCGAUGCAGAGGCAACAAAUCCCUGGGGGUGGAAUGGGAGCAGCAGCAGCAGCAGCAGCAGCAGCGGGCGCUCUCACCCCCCCAGCAGCAGCAGCAGCAGCAACAACAGCAGCAACAGCAGCAGCAUGUGGGGGGCCGAGCUGUAUCCUUACCUCGCAUGCAGCAGCAGCGGGUGGCCCCCAGAGGAGCUGCCGCAGCAUGGAGGCAGCAGCAGCAACCACGAACUGCAGCAACAACUGCAGCAGCAGCUGCAGCAGCAGAUCAAGUACCUGCUGCAGCAGCAGCAGCAGCAGCAACAGCAGCAGCAGCAGCAGCAGCAGCAGCAGCAGCAAGGUCAGUGCGAUGUCGAGGAAUGGGGGCAGCAAAGUUCAGCGGACCUCUUCGGCAGCAAGACCGCAACAGACGCUGCUGCUGCUGCUGACCCUGUGCUGCUGGCCGAAGCUCUCCUAAAUGAGGAGGCGCUCCGCGAGCUGCCCGGUGUAUGCCAGCCUGCUGCUGCAGCAGCAGCAGCAGCAAAGGCAGCAGCAGCAGCAGCAGCAGCAGGAGCAGGAGAUGCAAAGCACUCUCUUCUAGGCCAGCGCAAGCAGCAGCAGCAGCAGCAGCAGCAGCAGCAGCAACAGCAACAGCAGCAACAAGAGCAGCAAGAGCAGCAACUGGAGACUGCAGGGCAGCAGCAACUGAAGGAGAUAGAUCUUCUUGAGGAGAGCAGCUGCAGCAGCAGCACCAGAAGCAGCAACAACAACAACAGCAGCAGCAGCAGCAGCAGCAGCAACAGCAGCAGCAGCAGCAGCAGCGCUGAGGUUCUUCCUACAUUCCUUGCACUUUCUGCUGCUGACUUCCCUGUCUCCUCUGGCGGCAGCAGCAGCAGCAGCAGCACCAAGAGCGUGCAACGAUUUGCUGCUAGCAGCAGCAGCAGCAUGCAGCAGCAGCAGCAGCAGCAGCAGCAGCAGCAGCAGCAGCAGAAGAUUGCAUUUGAGGUUUGGAAUGGGUUAAAGGGGAGCAGCAAAGGAGACAGCUGCUUCCUAGACGGAGACAGUCUUGAUAUGUAUGCGGCCAGCAGCAGCAGCAGCAGCAGCAGCAGCAGCAGAAGAUUGCAUUUGAGGUCUGGAAUGGGUUAA